AUGAUCGCCUCACAAGCCGCAAUUCUGCUCGCCAAGAAGUCAACUACUACCUUUGAAUCCAAUUCCGUGCCCUCCCCCUGGGCAAAUAACGGUAUGGCAGGGACAGUUUCUAGUGCCGGUCUACUGCCGGUUGUCAUGGACGCCGGAUCUUCCGUGUCCUCAGUACAACUGGUCAAGAAACGGAAUGAAAGGGCAGCCUCCCGAGUUCUACCGGAGCAGUUGGUCAGUAGUACCCUCAACUUCACUAUAUGA